CUCGCCUCGAGCCCUCCCUCCCUCGCAAGCAACAGCCAGAAAUGAUCCAGGAGAUGGACCCCCCGUCGCCGUUUCGGCUGGAGUCCUUCGGAAACAUGAGCCGCCAAGUCGAGCAUGCGAUCCAAGAGCAGCAGCAGCGCAUGCAGCACGCCCACCGCCGCGUCGACGACGCAGGCGGGCGCAUCCGGCAGCUCGAGAACGAAAGGAGGGAGAUCGAGGCCCAGAUCUCGCACUUCCACGCCGCUGACAAACGGUCGGAGAAGGAGCAGCAGCUGGUGCUCGAGGCCCUGAAAGAGCAGACCCAGGAGGCGGCUGCGAAAACCGCGGAGCUCGAGGCUGAGUGCAAGGGAUUCGAGGAACGCGUGGAGCAGGACCGGCUGGCGUACGUGAAACAGCUCUACGGCAAUGCUCUCUCGUUUGACAAGAAAAGGCGCGCCCUGUUUGAUGAGACGGACUCGGAGCACACAGGCCUGCAGCUCGAAUUGGUGAAGAAGCUCGAGAAUGUCAAUCGCCUGACCGGCGAGGUCCUCCGACUCGUCAACCGCGGCGAGACGCAGAACCUGAGCGCGCCGGAUGCGCCGUACUGCAAGUGGACGGCGCUCGAUGAGAUUGCGCAAGAGUGGACGACGCUGCGUCAGAUGGAGUGAAGACACCCUACCAGAGAUCAGCGCUGGGGCCGAGGGCGCCCACCGGUCCAAAAUUGGACACAUGUAUCGACUCGCGAGCGCGUACGGCGGAACGUCGUGGGGCGCGUCGCGCGAGCCGAGCGACGGGUCACGGGACCGGCACUGUGCCGGUGACUGAGAGGCGCGCAAGCAACGCCGAGCCGAGCCGUUGAACUGCCCUCGCCUGUGUUUUGGCCUUUUGGAGUUUGACGGCACACGGGUCUUGGCGUCACCACAACACCAGGACAGAGAUCGAACAGAAAAUCUGUCUUUCUGCUC